AUGACGCUCGGCUCUGCUGAUCAGCUUGCGUUGUUGCCAUAUGGUGAUCGCUUCCUCAGGGGAGCAGCGCUCGCUCGAUCCGGGUCGUACUCUUCUGGUUCAGAACCAGAUUUUUUUAUUCCCUUCGAGCCCUAUGAUUAUCGGCGUCCAUUAUCGAGCGUCGCCUUGCGACUUCAGGAUCCUCUCCUGAAGUGCGACAGAGAUCUUGGGUGGAACAUCGACUGGGCAGUUGCUUUCAUCGUUGAUCGACUUGAACAGAACUGGGCUGACACGUGCGAAAAGUUGAAGAGCAUCGGGAUACGGGCUGCGACACUUGAGAGGGACGGGCUGGUCCAGGAGAUCCCAUAUCGUAUCUUCAACAAGCUUGACGAAGUACUCUUUGCUGGCCAUUUGAAGAAUGCAGUCUUUAUCGACAUCAGCAGCCUGGGCCCCGAUGUCUCAGGCGCUACCUACACGCACAGACUCGGACCGAAUCCUGAUGUGAAGCGCAUCACGAUUAUCCUGAACGUUGACGCGCUCGAGUACGCCAAGGCGAAAGACAUUGUUGCGAUUUUGAUCCAUCAUAUGAUACACGCAUACUUUCUUGUCGCUUGUGGUGGGCAAAAAGAAGAUGAGGUAGACUACGGACGGCUGGAUCACAACGUGCAUUUCGGCAAGAUCAUGCUUACCAUCAAGAAGCUCUCAGCUGUACACGGUAGAGAGUUGUCGCCACUGAACUAUGGAUACAGUUCGCCCAACGUCCGCUACAUUGAAGAUGAGUAUUACAGUCCACGAAGAAGAGAAGCAGUUGAGCGUGAAGAUCGGGAGCAGUGGCACUGCAGUCAUUGCCACAGCAACAUACAAGGGCCGUCCGAGAGCGAAGUGCACAAAUGGUACGCGAAGGUUUGCAAGCCUCUGUUCGACCAGCCUAAAUGUGUCCGCGAGCCGGAAGUUCAAACAUACAACGAACGACGUCAUGAGCUUGAGACCAGACGCCGUGCACGCCUCAGACCAGCUGCCAAGUCGGUCGAGUUCAUGUACAAAGACAGGCCUGUUCUCGUCGAUGGCGACAAGAUCGAGGAGUUUUCGAGUGUCAUGAAAGCUUUUGACAAAGCGGGUAGCCGCUUUCUCAAGGUGCAUAGGGAAGUAUCUGAAGACACCUUCGUCCGCUUCCUGGAGUUUCUACACACCGGCUCCUACCGUCCUGACCCACGCCUAUUUGCCGCUGCAGCAGCCGGUCUGGGUAUCGAGCGUCGAGGGCCACCGAUCAUCAAACCUCAAUCAACAACUAGUGACGCUCGCGUCCUGAUCGAUGUGCAAUUUGCUAAGCUCGGCACAUUGAUGGGCUUCAAUGACUGCGAAAGCUACGCCCUGGACCGGAUGAACGCCUAUGGUAUCCUCAAUGAGGAUCCCGUCGCCAUUCUUAAGGAGAUCUACAAAGGCUAUGAGCCCGAUUCGGACCUCAAAGACUGGGCGCGAAAAUUCCUCAUUAGAGCGCCAAAUAUUUCAGGGCCAGGGUAUCACACUACGUCAAUCAGUCUCACCACCGUAGAGCUGCCAAAUCUUAUCAAGCUUGAGAGCGAGCAAGGCUCGUACCGCGCGCGCUUUCUCGAUGCCAUUGACUCAAGCGGCGCAUUAGAGAACGAUGUCAACAAAGCUCGUAUUGAACUUAACGCUGCCGGUUGGUAUAGCGGGUCUGCACUUCUCCCUCAUGAUGCACCCAGGCUCCUCACCAACCGCUCUAUGAGCUACUCCUCUCAUCCACUGCCUCUUGGGCAUCGCUCACCCCUUCUCCUCGGUCGUGCGUCUACACCAGACCCCUGGCACGGCGUCCACGACCUCACGAACCAGCUCUCCUCGUUGAACACCGACCGCCUCCAUGACCUGGAACGUGAGGGAUUUCGCGACCGUGAACGAGCAGAGAAGUUGAGGGACUAUGAGCGAGUCAAGUAUAGUGAUAUCGAGCAUGAGAAACUCAGGCAGCUGCGCCGAGAGAAGGAGCGCGAGUUGGAAAGAGAGAAAGAGAAGCUGAGGAAAUUAGAAAGGGAGAAGGAGAAAGUCAAGGAGACGCAUGCGCAGUUGCAAGCUACAGUCGCGAUCGAGUCGCUCUUUGAGCGACGUAGGCAUGGCUUCGUAGGGGAUUAUGACUAA